AUGCGCGUAUCUUCUCCCCCCGCAAGGUCUCCGCCCGACUUCGGGCACACCGCUAGGCAGUUCUUUCAGCUAGAUCCUCAGUAUACGAACCUGAAUCAUGGUACAGCGGGUGCUAUACCCCGCCAUGUCGAGGACGCCACGCGACAGCAAGUCGCAGAACUCAUCGGCGCGGAAACCUCCGAAUGUGUAUUCGUACCGAACGUCUCUCAUGGCAUCAAUACUGUCCUGCGUAACUUCGAGUGGGAGGACCCAGAUGUUCUGCUUGUCACGAAUUGCAGCUCCAAGACCAUCUCAGCGGUCGCUCAGUACAUCAGCGACACGCGACCCCAUCCUAUUCUAUCAGAGUUCAAGCUAUUGUUCCCAGAGACGCGCUCAUCGAUACUGAGGCGCUUCCGUGCCCAUAUCCGCUCGCUCAGGAGCACGAGCAAAACGAACGCAAAGGUCGUUGCCGUGUUUGAGAGUAUAUCGGCGAGUCCGGGUGUCGUAAUGCCCUGGAGAGAGAUGGUACAAAUCUGCAAGGCGAACGAUGUGUGGAGCGUCGUGGACGCCGCGCACUCGCUGGGACAGGAGCGUGAUAUUGACCUCAGUAGCGCGGCGCCGGAUUUCUGGGUAUCUAGUUGUUCGAAAUGGAUGUACGCAAAGCAUGGCUGCGCGGUAUUAUAUGUUCCUAAGCGGAAUCACCACGUCAUCAAGUCAGCUUUCCCUACGAGCUCUACCUAUGACCAUCCAGCCCAGUACGAAGAAGAGCUGCAAUUGAAAUUCUACUGGACAGGCACGCUGGACUUCACUGCGCCUCUCAGCAUCAAAGCCGCUCUCGAGUUCAGCUCGUUCCUCGGCGGAGAGGAACGCAUCAACCAGUACUGCCACUACCUGGCUCUGGCCGGAGGAAAGCGCCUCGCAGAAGUCAUGAACACGCACAUGCUCUACCCGCCGGAGGAUCCAGAAUCCGAGCUAUUCACAGCGAAUAUGGUCAACGUCGUCAUCCCGCUCUCUGGGUUGAUCCAGCCAUCCACGCGAAUCAUACGAAUGCUCCAGGAUGGGCUGCUCAACCGCCAUAACGUCUCCGCGACGCAGUUCUAUCACAACGGAAAAUGGUGGACUAGAGCGAGCGUACAAGUCUAUAAUGAGGUCGGGGACUUCGAUAAGCUGGGGCACGCGCUGCUACUCGUAUGCACGGAGAUCGAGAGUGUCACAUCCGAUCUCGAUACGGCCACCACGCCAGUCUCGAGCAGCUAG